GUGCACGCCUCCACAUCGCUACGCUUCACAAUGUCCUCCCAAGACACUGUAGAGGUGCUACCAUGGUACCAAUGGAUGUUCAUGGCGGUACUGGUACUUGGCGUUGCCAUGGCAGUGGCACUCAUUGUACGGACGGUAUUACUAGCCACGGGAUAUGGUAGUGACGGUAAUUCAGAUCCAUUAUGUAGUACCUUGUCCUUUAUGGUACUGCUAUGCUAUAUAGGAUUACAUUUACUAGGGUACUAUUGCCAGUAUGUCAAAACGCCACUCACUAGGUGGUACCAAUGGAUGGUAAUUACAGGAUCACUCGCUAUUGUGAGUGCUUGUUUUAGUGUAUUAACAAUAUACACGAACUAUACUAGUAACAUUGCAAAGACAGCCUAUAUAGUACUGGCCAGUGCAGUAAUGCAGUGUUUAUCCUAUAUAGGGUUCCUGGUUUGCGCCGUUAACACGCAGUGUUUCGGGUGCAUCAAUAUACACAGGAUAGCAUUCUAUGUGAUGGCGGCAUUAUCGGCUAUAGGGUUCCUGGUAUAUAUAUUCAUAUUCCAGUGGUAUUAUGACAGUGCUGUGCAAGAUUCGUGGAGCGGAGAUGGUAACCAUAGAAAUAAAAUAUCUCUAUUUAAGACUACUGUACCAACCAAUUUGGUGUGUUCAAUAAUGCUCUGUGUUGGUGCCUACCAGGUGAACAUGUGCUGCAUCCCAUGGUCCAGGUGGGAUGUACUGCUAUUAGUACUCCUGGGUAGUGCCUUAGGGAUCUUAAUUGUUAUUGUUAUUAGUGGUCAUGGCAGUCUAUCUGGUGGUAAUGACCCUGCUAGUUAUAUUUUGUUAUUCUUGGCAACCAUAGCUACUAUAGUACUCCUGGUGAUAAUCCACUUCAAGGAGCCACUGUCACAGUAUUGGCCCAGAGACCGAGUGGCUUGUGGAGUGCUCAGUCUCGUAUCGCUAGUAGCGUGGAUAGGCGUGAUGAGCUUUUAUGGUAAUGAUGAAAGGACUCCUCUAUACUGCCUUGUAGUGUACGGCUGUAUUACAUUUGGUGGUGCUCUGUACUAUGGUUUCCGGAGUGGCCUUGCUCAGGGCAGUUGCUUCACCAAGAAGAGCACCGGUAGCUCAACACAGCUACAGGGUAGUGAAGAGGCAGUGAGUAGUACGGAAGUUACUGUAGAGAGUACAUCUGACACAGUAGAAGUCACAAGAGACACUGAGUAGUACACGAUAACACUGCUCUA